CAACGCAUGGAAGUGUCCUGCAGUCGCGCGCCACGAUUUCUCUGACGUGCACGGCUUCGAAAUGGCGGACACGGAAAGUCAGGUUGUGGCUCAGGCUGCGGAAGAUGCCACCGAAAAACUUAAUGGCACGACGACGAGGCUGCCAUCGACCUUCGAGGGAAUGGCCAUCGCUUACGGGAGUUUAAUAAUCAUGGCAAUUCUACCUAUCUUCAUUGGUAGUUACCGUUCCGUCAGACAUCACAUAGAACAGCAGAAAAACUUCAAAGCAAGUGGCGAGAGACCCGAAAAUAUAUCACGAAAGGAAGCAGCAAUGUUUCCGUUAAUUUCUAGCGUCGCCCUAUUUGGACUAUAUAUGUUUUUCCAGCUGUUCUCAAAAGAGUACAUUAAUUUACUCAUGACCGGCUAUUUUUUCUUCCUUGGUGUCCUGGCACUCUGUCAUCUGAUGAGUCCACUCAUCACGUCUUUGGUGCCAGCUGCAAUUCCAAAGACGCAAUACCAAAUUAGGUUCACAAAGAGUUUGGAUGACGGUGUAGAUGACAUUAUAAAUUAUAUGUUUGACCUUCAUGAUAUCGUGUGCCUAAUUUGUUGUUCGUUGGUAGGUGCAUGGUACCUCGUUAAGAAACAUUGGAUCUCAAACAAUCUCUUUGGAAUUGCCUUUGCCAUUAAUGCCGUUGAGCUGAUGCACCUCAAUAAUGUCGUAACUGGCUGCAUCCUAUUGUGCGGACUGUUCGCAUACGACAUAUUCUGGGUGUUCGGCACAAACGUAAUGGUGACUGUAGCGAUGUCUUUCGAAGCACCGAUAAAACUCAUGUUUCCUCAAGACCUGUUGGAUAAAGGUCUUGGUGCAAAUAAUUUCGCCAUCUUAGGCCUUGGAGAUAUCGUAGUUCCUGGGAUCUUCAUAGCUCUAUUGCUCCGAUUCGAUCACAGUUUGAGCCGAAAGUCGAAUACAUACUUCUAUGCAACGAUCUUCGCUUACUUCAUGGGUCUCCUUACAACGUUGCUGAUCAUGCAUCUAUUUAAACACGCGCAGCCUGCGCUGCUGUACCUGGUGCCAGCAUGUCUUGGUACUCCACUUCUGCUUGCGCUCGUCAAAGGAGAUCUCAGAGCGUUAUUCUCGUACGAAGAUCAUCCGUCAAAUUCGGCGGAAGAGCCUUCGCAGUCAAGUGUAGAUAGUAAGAAGGACAAAUAAAUCUUAGCUUUCGAGUGAUCCUGGAUGGUCAAACGCAGGAAGCUGUGCCGUGUAUGAUGAUGGAUUGAAUCGCUGUUGAAGCACAGAUGAAUGAGACGACUGUGCGUGGCGACAAUCGCAACGGCAAAUCUUGACGAUGCUCUUCGCACAAACAAACAUUGAAUCCUGCCGAUGGAAUUCUGUUUAUGUCGCAUAAUAGCCAAUCUUAUUCUUCCUGUUUCUUCUGUCAUAGUCAUCGUUAUUCCGCCCAUUCCUAUGUCGAUUGGUUAGUGAGUGUCAAAUCGGUAUCUUGUGUAUAAUAUCGACGAGCACGUCGAAUACUUUUCUGGUACCGUACUUAUGUAUACAGAACCAUGUAUAGCAGACAGUAGCACAUCGAAGUAACGCACAGAGUCAACGGACUCAGUACCCUGACGUGUCUCUUUUGGCACUUACUAGCAUUUUGAGUUCGUAGCAACCUCAAUGGAUAAUUCCUUAAAAUUUCCGAAACUCCUUGGGGUUGCGAAGAAGCAUAGCGAGACCUAUUGACAGUUCAGAGAAUUCUGAAGACUGAAUUUUUAAGUCUGCGAUAAUUUUCGUGGACUCGUUAAAAUCGCUUCCAUAGUAGAAUUCUAUUUGUAUUGUAAAUCCACUUCAAAAAUAUCAAACUCGCGUUAAUCUCUGUUCGUUUAUUGGGUUUACUUCAAUUCAUGACAGAAAACAAUCUUUGGUGAGUAGUGAGGAGGAGCAGUUUACUCAAGACGUUGAGUUUCAUUAACCCAUGGCGCGAGAAUUAUUGUGCGCAGCACCGAGUAUCAACGUGCGGCAAUUUCGGACCUCCACGCAGGGCAUUCCAGUGUUAAUUAAAUCAUUUGAGACACUCAAGAACUCGCUAAUUUCAGAGUUCAUGCCAGAAAAGUGUCUUUGGUAAAACGGGGAGGAAGUGACUCGCGCGAAUAGAUUUUUAUUACGCGUGUGCGUUUUUGCACGUGACUAUAAUAAUUGGUUUGACAUAUUUUCUGUAUAUUUGAAUAGCUUUAAAAAUUUAUUUACCCAAGUGAUGUAAGGAAUUUUGCAUGAAACCGUUCGUUUUGUUCCAUAGCCUCGCAGGGAAGUCUUGUUUAGACUCUCUUGUACGACGGGUGCAUAAUAAGUAUUUUGAUUAUAAUUUUUUUACCUUUAGAUAUCGUGAAAAAUUUAAGUGCUUACCUACCUGUGACUUGUGAGCAGUGCACACAAAAUAUCAAAUUUACCUUUUCAUAUGGUUAAAAAGGGACUUUAAAUAUGCUUUGGCAUUACCUACUUUAGUUUCUCUUGAAGUGUAAUACCUUAUUUUAUCUUAAUUCAAUUAAAGCGACGUUGGAGAAAUUUCUGAAUAAACAAAGGAAAUUAUAUUGUACACUUUAUA